CUGGCUCGUGGGUGGGGGUUGUUUUGGAGGCUCGUGCUGGUUCACGCCUCUCCUGCGCUCCGGCCGUGCGCCUCCUCCCUCCUCCCUCCUCCCCGUCCACAAGUCAUGGCGGAACUGUAAGUCCAGGACGCGCAGAGUCCUCCACCCCGUCCUCGUUCAGCCUUUUUUUUGUAUAUAGUUAUUUAUUUCUCCCGCAGCUGUCACGCAUCCAGCCCGCAAUGACCCGCUGGAUCCCCACUAAGAAAGAGAAGUACGGAGUGGCUAUCUACAAUUAUGAUCCCAGCGGCGAGCCGGAGCUGUGUCUGCAGGUGGGGGACACGGUGCACAUACUCGAGAAACUGGAAGGCUGGUAUCGGGGCUACACGCUACGCAAGAAAUCACAGAAGGGCAUUUUCCCGGCGUCCUACAUCCAUUUAAAGGAGGCUACAGUCGAGGGAACAGGCCAGCAGGAAAUAAUCAUCCCGGCGGAUUUGCCCCUGGUGCAGGAGCUUGGGGCGACUCUGAGGGAAUGGGCGCAGAUAUGGCACAAGCUGUUCGUGGCGAACAGAACCGCCCUGUUCCGGGGCGUUCAGCAGAUGGCCUACAGCCUCAUCGAGUAUCGAUCUCAGAUCGUGUCGGGAACGCUGCCUAAGGACGACCUUGUGGAGCUGAAGAAGAAAGUCACAGCCAAGAUUGAUUAUGGAAACCGGAUUCUGGGUUUGGACCUGGUGGUGCGAGACGAAGCAGGAAACACUCUGGAUCCCGACCGGACCAGCACGGUCAGCCUGUUCCGAGCUCACGAGACGGCAUCCCGCAGCGUGGACGACCGGAUCCAGGAAGAGAAGACUCGGCUCCAGAACCUGGAGAUGAGGCGUCAGACGCUGUUCAGCACCGUGCACACCUACAGCCUGCUCAUGAACCUCAAGAACUUUGUGUGCAACAUCGGAGAAGACGCCGAGCUGCUCAUGUCUCUGUACGACCCCGACCAGUCCGAGUUCAUCAGCGAGAACUUCCUGGUGCGCUGGGACAGUAUGGGGAUGCCUAAAGAAAUUGAAAAACUCAACAACCUGCCAGCGCUGUUCACGGACUUGAGCAGCAGCGACUUGAUGAGGCAGCGACUCUUCCUGGUGUGUCAGAUCAUCCGGGUGGGCAGCAUGGAGCUCAAAGAGGGCAAGAAGCACACCGGAGGGCUGCGGAGGCCGUUCGGCGUGGCCGUGAUGGACGUCACAGACGUCGCCCAUGGCAAAACAGACGACGAGGACAAGCAGCACUUCAUCCCCUUCCAGCAGAUAGCGAUGGAAACCUACAUCCGUCAGAGGCAGCUCAUCAUGUCUCCGCUCAUCCCGUCUCGCGUCAUCGGAGAGAACGAGCCGCUCACCGCCGUCUUCAACAAAGUCAUCGCCACGCGGGAGGUCAAUCACAAAGGCCAGGGGCUGUUUGUGACUCUGAAGCUCCUCCCGGGCGAUCUCGCCCAGGUCCGGAAGGACUACCCUCACUUUGUGGACCGCAGCACGGCCAUCGUCAGGAAAAUGGGCUUCCCGGAAAUCAUCCUCCCAGGAAACGUGAGGAACGAUAUCUACGUCACCUUGCUGCAGGGAGAGUUCGACCGCGGGAAGAAGAAGACCCCGAAAAACGUGGAGGUCAUCCUGAGCGUGCACGAUGAAGACGGCAAUCCCGUGGAGAAAGCGAUAUUUCCCGGCGCCGGUUACGAUGGUAUCACCGAGUACAAGUCUGUCAUUUACUACCAGGUGAAGCAGCCUUGUUGGAACGAAACCGUCAAGGUGACGAUCCCCAUCGAAGACGUGUGCCGCUGUCACCUGAGGGUGAUGUUCAGACACAGAUCCUCGCAGGACUCUCGCGACAAGUCGGAGAAGCCGUUCGGCAUGGCCUUCGUCCGGCUCAUGAGAGGAGACGGCACCACUCUUAAGGACGGCAGGCAUGAACUUAUCGUCUAUAAGGUUGAUGUGAAGAAGGCCGAGGAUGCGAAGGUUUAUCUCACCCUGCCGGCGACUUGGGCCGAGGUGGAGGAGAAGGAGAAGCAGACGGGGAAGCAGUUCCACCAUUCGGGAGUGAUUCCCGUGACCAAAGACAGCUUCCAGCUCGCCACGCUCACCUGCUCCACCAAGCUCACGCAGAACGUGGACUUACUCGGCCUGUUGAACUGGAGGUCUAACCCUGAAGAUCUGGACCAGAUCCUGCAGAGGCUGAUGGAGGUCGAGGGAGGGGAGAUUGUUAAAUUUCUGCAGGACACUCUGGACGCCCUGUUUAACAUCAUGAUGGAGACCUCCGAGAAGGACACCUACGACACGCUGGUGUUCAACGCCUUGGUCUUCAUCAUCACUCUCAUCGGCGACAUCAAGUUCCAGCACUUCAAACCCGUCCUGGAGACGUACAUCAACAAGCACUUCAGUGCCACUUUGUCGUACACGAAGCUAACCCGAGUCCUCAACUACUACGUGGGACGCGAGGAGCCCGCCCUCACCGAGAGGCUAUACGCGGCUCUCAAAGCUCUCAGUUACCUGUUCAGGUUCAUCGUCCAGUCCCGUCUUUAUCUCAGAUUCUACGGGAACAGCGAGGACGGAGACGCCUUCUUCAACUCCAUCCGGACCCUUUUCCUGUCGUUCAACACGCUCAUGGACCGGCCGCUGACGAGGGGUGGCCUCGUCUUCUUUCCAGGGAGCGAUACUGAAAUCCUCCCCAGCAUCAUUAACGACAUCCCGACUGUGUUUGAUCCCGUGGAGCUCAGCUGCCUCGGCUUCUCUCUCUUUUCUCAGCGUUCUCUGGCGAAGUUCAUCGAGAGCAUUCCCGACUCCCAGCUCGUGCCGAAGCUGGGCUGCAUGUGUAAGAUGGUGGAGAGCGACCUGUUCCGGCAGCCAGAUUGUCUCGCCGUGCUCCUGCCGCUUGACGACCAGCUGAGCGGGCAGCUGGACGACCACUCGAGUAAGCGGACCACGAGGCCUGCGCUCAGCUUGCUCAGCACCGUGCUGGACAACCUGGACCCUGACUGUAAGUCAGUUGGUCCGACCAGAGGCCACGUCCAGCUGAUAAUGGAGCGCCUCCUUCGCCGGGUCAAUCGCACCGUGAUCAGCAUGGACCGAUCCUCGCCUCUCAUAGGCCACUAUCUCGCCUGCAUGACGGCCAUCCUGAAGCAAAUGGAUGACAUGCAUUACGCCCACUACAUCAGCACCUUCAAGACGAGACAGGAUAUCAUUGACUUCCUCAUGGAGACGUUCAUCAUGUUUAAGGACCUCAUGGGGAACAUCUUCCCCGCCGACUGGAUGAUCAUGAACCUGGUGCAGAUGCAGGUCUUCCUCAGGGCCAUCAACCAGUACUCGGACGUCCUCAACAUGUACUUCCUGGAUCAGGCCCAUUUCGAACUGCAGCUCUGGAAUAACUACUUCCAUCUGACCGUGGCGUUCCUCACCCACACCACGCUGCAGCUGGAGUCCUUCUCUCAGGAGAAACGAAACAAGAUCCUGAACAAAUACGGAGACAUGAGGAAGACGAUUGGAUUCAAGAUCAGAGAUAUGUGGUACAACCUGGGCCCGCACAAAAUGAAGUUCAUCCCGGCGAUGGUGGGGCCCAUCCUGGAGGUCACGCUGGUGCCCGAGCCCGAGCUGAGGAAAGCCACCAUCCCCAUCUUCUUCGACAUGAUGCAGUGCGAGCACAACUUCAGCCCGGGACGCACCUUCGAGACGUUUGAGAACGAGCUGAUAACAAAACUGGAUCAAGAGGUCGAAGGAGGCCGAGGGGACGAGCAGUACAAAGUCCUGCUGGAGAAAACCCUGCUGGAGCACUGCAGGCGCCACAGAUACCUGUCGCAGUCAGGUGAGGAGCUGGCUCUGCUGCUGAGCAGCCUGCUGGAGAACCUGCUGGCGUACCGCACCAUCACGCACGACGAGAGUCCCGAACACCGCAUGAGCUGCACCGUCAACGUGCUGAACUUCUACAAAGAGAAGAAGAGGGAGGACAUUUACAUCCGGUACUUGUACAAGCUGCGAGAUUUACACCUGGACUGUGAGAACUACACCGAGGCGGCCUACACUCUGCUGCUGCACGCCGAAUUACUCGAGUGGUCGGACAAACCCUGCGCGACUCAUCUGAUCCCCCGAGACGGCGAGCACGUGUGGACCCAACAGGAGCUGAAGGAGAGGCUCUUCCAGGAGAUCAUCUGCUAUCUGGACAAAGGAAAGAUGUGGGAGAAGGCCAUCGAGCUGGGCAAGCAGCUGGCCAGGAUGCACGAGAGCCACAUGUUUGACUUCAUGGAGCUGAGCCAGCUGCUGAAAAAACAAGCCAAGUUCUAUGAAAACAUCAUGCAUGCGAUGCGGCCGCAGCCCGAGUACUUUGCUGUCGGAUAUUACGGCCUCGGGUUCCCUUCUUUCCUCAGGAACAAGAUGUUCAUCUACAGAGGGAAGGAGUACGAGUGGCUGGAAGACUUCAGCUUAAAGCUGCUCUCUCAGUUCCCAAACGCAUCGCGCAUGACCAGCACGGCGCCCCCUGGAGACAACAUCAGCAACUCACCUGGACAGUACAUCCAGUGCUUCACGGUCAAGCCUGUUCUCACCAUGCCGCACCAGUUCAAAGACAAGGGGGUUCCAGAGCAGAUAUUAAACUAUUACAGAACCAAUGAAGUGGACCAGUUCCAGUAUUCCAGGCCCUUCAGGAAAGGUGAAAAGGAUCCAGACAAUGAGUUUGCAACGAUGUGGAUCGAGAGGACGACGUACAUCACCGCCUAUCGCUUCCCGGGGAUCCUCAAAUGGUUUGAAGUGAAGUCCGUCUCGGUGGAGGAGAUCAGUCCUCUGGCCAACGCCGUGGAGACGAUGGAGAUGGCCAACGAGAAGCUGAGCAACCUCGUGCAGCAGCAGGCCUGCGAUCGCUCGCUGUCCAUCAACCCGCUGUCCAUGAUGCUCAGCGGCAUCGUCGACCCCGCCGUCAUGGGCGGCUUCUCCAACUACGAGAAGGCGUUCUUCACAGAGACCUACAUGCAAGAGCACCCAGAGGACCACGAGCGCAUCGAGGUCCUUAAACACCUCAUCGCCCUGCAGAUCCCCGUCCUGGCAGAUGGGAUCCGCAUCCACGGGGAGAAGACGACGGAGCAGCUGAAGCCUUUGCACAACCGCCUGGUGACGUGCUUCCAAGACCUUCGGGAGAAAGUGGAGAAGCAUUACGGCGUCAUAACGUUGCCCUGCUCGCUCGCCGAGAAGAAGAAGAGCCGCGUGGGCUCCGUGGUGAUGCCCUACAUCCUGUCCUCCACCCUGCGCCGCAUGUCCACCGUCUCCACCCUCUCCAACGCCUCGUCAGGCCUCUCCAGCGGCUCCGCGAGCUCGGACGGACCCUCCUGCAUUUCAUCCCAAGAUUCGUUGUUGUCCCGUCCCAGCGAUCGCAGGGCCUCGGUGUUGUCCCGCUCGGAGGAGGACAACAGGAUCGCCAGGAAGAACCGGAAGGAGUGGAGCGUGAGCAAAUCCCAGGUCCUGCUGGAGAGGCAGUCGGACACGGACGAGACUUCUCAGGAGAAGCAGCAGAGACCCAAAAGUUUACAGAUCGGGGACCGCCGGCUCCCCCUGUCCCUGUUUCAGGGCGUGUCGUCCCAGCUCAGCCUGUCGAACCCCCUCAGCCCGCUGCCGGCCUCCCCGCACACGCCGCGCAGCUCCAGUUAUUCAUCGCUUCUCAGCGACAAUGAUGUCAGCACCGCCGACACCCCGGGGACGCCUCCACCCAUGCCUCCGAAGAAACACCCACACGAGAUCGACAACGCCGGCUUCUUCUCAGAGUUCACUCCCCCGCUGCCGAUGAAGAUCGAGAGUAAGCCUCCGCCGCCGCCUCCGAAGACGCGGAAGUCGAUGUUCCCGUCGUACGAGCACUCCCCGAACUGAACCGCAAACACACGCGGGCCUUCAGAUCCAGAUGCAGGACCAUCUACACGUUAUGUUAGCAGAGGGCACUACUGUGCAGCCAUGGAUGUUUGAUUUUGGUCAGUACAGUCCAGGAUUCACCGUUCUUUUAAUGUAAUGAUUAGAUUAAUGUUGUACAGACUUCAUCACUCACAGGGAUAAAAGGAAUGACCAAUGCUGCCUUGUAAUAUUUAGCUUUUUUUAUGGCUUGCCGUGACACUGGAUGACUUAUCUUCCCCUUGUUCGCUUGUUUACCGACUGUUCCACACAGGAAAAAGCUGCAUUAGAUACAAACUUGAUGAAAGAGCAGGGAAUAUAAUGUACAGAAUGUAGCUGUUGAUCAAACUCAAUGUUUUUAGAAACACUGGAUGGCGUCGAUGAAUGUGCAGCGAUGAACUGAUUUCUGUAACUGGUGCUUCCAAACCGGCGUCACGUUGAUGUCGGUGUUCAGUGGAAGUUCUUUUUUAUUUUUUAUCUUAAGUUUUUUGAUGUUUUGGGUAAAGAUGUUUUCUUGCCAAGAGUUAGACGUGCAGAUUGAUACCUCACUCGACCAUGUGCAUUUAAAAAAACAAAAUAAUAAAGCUGGAGCCAGAGGCUAGUUAGCUUAGCUUAGCUUAGCAUAAAAAAAUGGGGAACACAGGGACAAAUCUAGCCUGGUUCGGUCCAAAGGUAACAAAAUCUACCAGUAACACUGCAGAGCAGUUGUGAAGCUCAUCAUGCCGCCAUGUUUGUAGUCCUAGAUCAUCGGUGGGCUUGAUUUAGCUUGUUAGCUUAGCACAGUUGUCAUGAACGGGGAAAUUAGCUACAGAGACCAAAACUGUUUUUUGUACCAGGCUGUAAACAUGUUUAUUUCUGCUGUGAAGUUGGACAUUUGGACAUGGGGACUUAUGGAGACUGACUCACUUCUGGAGCCAGCCUCAAGUGGACGUUAGAGGAACUGCAAAGCGGUGGAAGCAGUGCCGCUUUUGUCCACAGGGGCCGCCAGAAUCAGCACAUAGGGAAAGUUCCUCAUAGCUGCUUUAAAACAAUUCAUGGUUUUACGAUGAGUUAUGUGAGUAAUGCCGUUUCCAGUCUCUUAUGCUAAGCUAACCUGGCUCCAACUACAUAUUGACACGACAUUGGUAUCAAUCAUCUCAUCGAACUCUCGGGAAGAAAACAAAACAAGCACACCUCCCAAAAUCUCAAAGUGGUCCUUUCAAAGAACCCAAAACGCUGUACGGUACGAGCAUGAACACUCACUUUAGUUUUUAUAUUUCAGGGGUCGGUACAUUUAUUAUCAGUUCAUUAUUAGAAUUUAAAUUAUUGCUAUUGAUUACAUUUUAAUAUUUCCAUUGUUUUGCUCAGAGACGCUUUGUUAUUUUUCUUCUGCAGCAAAAAUUUGAGUCUAAUUUCCGACGCGCUGUUUUAAAUCUGUUAAAAGGAGCAAUACAAA